UUAUGCAUUGGAUGAUUACUUCAUUUAUAACAGGAAUGAUGAAUUCUUCUACACUACCAACAGACUCUCUAGUUAAUGAUUCGACGCCAACGCCAAUUGACGCGGACAUCAUCGACUACAGCCAUGGUGUCUUGGUUUUCUUCACCGUCAUCAUGAGUCUUCUCACCGUCGCUAUGACUGUCGGGAACAUCUUCAUCAUCGUAGCUCUCAACGCAGUGAGGCCGUUGCGAUCGGCGUCCGAUCAGUUGACCAUCAACCUCUGUGUCGGCGGGACAAUCCUGGGGCUUGUCGUCAUGCCAUACGGGACCAUGACCAUGUUCCUGCGCGUGCCGGUGUGGGGCGAGACCGCGUGUGUAACCAUGGCUUUUAUCAAGAAUGUCUCCAUGUUCAACACGAACCUGACGUUGAUGACCAUCGGGAUCGAUCGGUACAUGAAGGUCAAGUACACUGCGCUUCAUCGCUUGCGAUUCAAAAGACCCUGGGUAAUCAUCUUUGCAAUGUGGCUCCUUAGCUUUGUAUCUGCUGUACCCCCUCUUGUAGGGUGGGGUUGGUAUCACUGGGUACCGGUAAAACCUAUAUGCAGCAACGACUGGAUCGCUAGCGUCUCUUAUACCCUGUUUUUAGUAAUCGGUUUCAUAAGCAUUCCCAUUUGUGUUGUCUUCUUCUGCUAUGGAAGCAUCGUUCGUAUCGCAGUUCAAAGUCGACGUCGGCUCGACGUUCAUCAACGGAAAAACGCAGAUGCAAAAGACGCCACUCCUCAUACGAGUGCUGGUGUCGAAUCUUCAGAGACGAAAUCAGAUCAAGUCGGGAUACAACUUGAGCCAGUAAGAUGGGCAAGUCGCACUGACAAAGCUGCCGCCAAUACUUUAGCUGUAAGCGUCAUAGAUACCCUGCCACCCCCCACUAGUCAUGGUGCGGUCAGACCGGAAGUACAGCCAGGGUUCCUUGAUCGGUCACCUAGGACAGACACGAAACCGAUGAAGCAAGUGAACAGAGCAGACAUCGCUGUCAUCAGAACUAUGAUCAUGGUGGUGAGCACGUAUAUUAUUUUCUGGUAUCCCUACAUCAUCUGCAUAUUGAUCAAAAUCGCGACCAAUGAGAGGAUGUCUUUUAUUGUGGAAACAGUGACCAUUGAACUGGCCUUCAUAGGAAUGGCUCUUAAUCCAAUCAUCUACUCAGUGUCGAACAGAGGCUUUCGACGGGAUAUAAAAUCAGCUUUUAAAAAGGUAUACAAAGGAGAUAUAUGA